AUGACAUCAUUCAAGCGUACAGGAGAUUCCCUCGACCCCUUCAUGCCCUUCUCAUUACCGCCGCAUUCCUCACAGCACUCGCAAUGCCUUGAUGGGGGCUCCGAAUUACCUCUUGAUGUUGGUGUUGGUCACUGGAACCAUGUCUGGAACGAUCUUAUUGGCAAUCCCGGCCACCCCGAUUACAACGUUGACAACGUCGAAGGAAGCAACACAAAUAACAUCUUUCCGGCUAUCCACGACGUGCAGGACGAUAUCGAAUCUUGGGUCGCAAAGGAUCUGGGGAUUGCUCCCUUUGAGGAUGCGGAUGAGUUGCGCAUAGACCGAGGAGACGCCGUCGGUCCCCUACAAGAUGGUUUCAAUCGAUGCUAUGGCAUGAUUUACCGCGCAAAUGCUCAGCUUCAAGGGAACAUGUCUGAAGUAUCACGAUGUCUAAGGGAGAAUGCGACUCAGGCUCGGACGCAUUUUAUCCUGGAAAUCGUGUGCAUUGAUGAUGAGCUUUUCAUCUGCAUCCCAGGUGGUAUGCGAAUUGCAAGACUCAACCUCCACUUGACUGAGGCAUUGGCGGGCCACGUCAAAGCCCGAAAGAUCCAUCUUGAGGCCCUGGCCCACCGAAGGACGAUACUCGAAGAUAUCGGGGCCGCCACAAGAGCGAGAGACGCGCUUACAACCAUCAACAUCAACGUAUAUGGGACUGAAGAGUUACAAAGCUCUAUUGGUAGUGACUUUUCUGCGAAAAAGAUAUGGCUACAACGACCUGACUGGCUGAGCCCGGGCUCGACAUACGACAAUCCGCACGUCUUGAAGUUCGGCACUCACCAGCAAAGUGAGCUGGAUAUUCCCUACCAGUUUGAACACAGCCUUAGAGCCUCGGACUUUCAUGAUUCGGUCGAACAGAUGUACUCGAUGCUGACGCGUAAUUUGCACCUCCAAGGCUUAGCCGGUGAUGCCCACCUUCUCACCCCACUUCUAGAGCACCAGGAAAAGGCUCUAGACUUUAUGAUUCAACGAGAGACAGGCCCCAUUCCAGAAGAAUUUCAGCUAUGGGAAGCUACGUGGGCUGAGUCAGAGCACAGGUAUCGGCACAAAAUUACAGGCAUGAAAUCUCGGACAGAGCCAGUGGAAGCUGGUGGCGGUAUUUUGGCCGAUGAAAUGGGCAUGGGCAAGACCUAUUCGAUUCUAGCACUGAUAGUUCGGACGCUGGGUGAGGCAAGAAAAUGGUCCAACGACCCGGACGUCCACAUCGAAGAAGAGAUCAUCCCGACCAAAAUCCUUUCGAGGGCGACGUUGGUCGUUGUGCCAUCUCCGCUGUUGCUGGCUUCUUGGGAAGAAGAGAUUCACAAACGCGUCAAUUUGCCAUUGAAAGUCCUGAAAUAUCACGGCAGUGCGAGAACCUGCGAUCCUCGAGUCGUGGCCGACCAUGACAUUGUCUUGACAACUUACCAUACAAUCGUCGCGGACAAUCGCCGAACGAAUCCUGCCACAGAGGUGACUUGGUACCGCAUCGUUUUGGACGAGGCACACUUCAUUCGGAGAAAUACCACUUUUCUACACAAGGGAGUCGCCGAACUUGACGCAAAGUUUCGCUGGUGUGUGACGGGCACGCCUAUACAAAACACUUUAGAUGAUAUUGGCUCCCUCUUCGCCUUCAUCAAGAUAUUCCCAUUCGAUAGACCGGGAGUCUUCCGCAAAUUCAUCACGGUCCCAUGGCACGAAGGGGGGAUUCAGCGCCAGCAGGGCCAACGGAAUCUUGUCCAACUCUUCGACUCGGUCGGCAUCAGACGUCCCAAGGAUCAUCUGAAUCUGGCUAUGCCCAUAGAGACGAUCAGCAGAAUUCAGUUAUCCCCUGAAGAGCGAGCACAGUAUAAAAAAACAAGAGAGGACAUGAAGCGGACAUUGCAGCAGCUCGUCGGGGUGCCCGAGAGCCGAACCAGAUUCAGCUUGUUUCAAAUCCAGCUGCAACUACGCCUUCUCUGCAAUCAUGGGACUUUCCAACAUCAGUUCCAUUGGCUUAAAAGCAGGAACAUCCGGGAUGCUCGAGAAGAUGCUCUGAGCUCUGCAGGCGACAACGGCGAGGUCAAGUGUUCAGCGUGCGAACAAACAGUAUACGCUGUCCUCUCGAACCGGGCUUCCAGCCUGUCCAAUGUCUGUGCACAUGUACUGUGCUCUGAGUGCAAAGAAGGCACAGGUGACAAUUGUCCAGUGUGCGAGGCGACGCUUCGACCUCUUGGUUAUCAACAACCCGCGGCGGGAGAGAUCUCCCAGUCCCAGCCGCACCAAGGCAACCUCCGCUCCACAGGACUCUCUUCUAAGAUGAUUGCUCUGACCAAGGACCUAAGAAGUGCUGCAGCUGCGGGCGACAAGAGCAUCGUCUUCUCGUGCUGGACAACGACGCUGGACCUGGUCGGCCGAUACCUGCAAUGGUGGGGGAUCCCAUUCGAGCGGGUCGAUGGCGAGCACUCAUUCAAGCACCGCCAGAACAUGCUCAAUCGCUUUCAGACCGACCCGUACAUCCCCGUGCUGAUCAUGACCACGGGCGUGGGUGCCUUCGGCCUGAACAUCGUUGCCGCAAGCCGUGUCUUCCUUGUCGAGCCGCAAUGGAACCCCAGCGUCGAAGCCCAGGCUAUCGGCCGCACCAUCCGCAUUGGCCAGCGAAAAGCCGUGCAUGUUACGCGCUACGUGGUUGAGGAUUCCGUAGAAGAGGGCAUUAGACAGUUGCAGCAGCACAAGCGCGGCAUCGCAAUGAUGACCAACAAGGGCAUGGAGAUGAGUGACACGCACACCAAACCCGAAUUCAAGUCGCUUCAUUGA